CUCUCUCCUACCACUACAGCAAACGGGUCGCAGCCAGAGACGCGCCGGAAGCCACCAGCAGGAUCGGAGGUACUUAACAGCUUGACAGGAGUCUACCUACGCAAGGCUUGAGCCGUGUACAUGGCCAGCAUCGCUCUUGGGUUCGCUGGACAUUUAAUCUGCUCCUUGCUUCUGCAACAUCGGGACUUGGCCCUUCCCUGCUAGUACCUCUUCAAUCUUGGCGUACUUUCAGCGCCCGCCAUGCUAGCGGCUGGCCUGCUCUUCCCGUCUCUCAUUUCGCAUGUUCUGGGUGGCACUGUUCCACGCUCAGAUCUCAUACCUCGCAUCCAGCUUCCCUCCAUCCCUUCCGGCUACUCACCAUCGGAGCUAUGGGUACCUGGAGACGACGUCAUUCGACUGACUGUUGGCGUCCCACCCAAAGACGCCUCUAGCCUACACGCGACACUCUUAGACGUCAGUGAUCCUUCCAGCUCCAACUAUGGCCGCCACCUAACAAAAGAUGAGGUAGCCCAACUGUCGUCGCCGGAUCCGGAGAGCGUCAAGGCCAUUACCGAUUGGCUCGGAUGCUAUGGGAUUACGCCGGAACAACGCUCUCACUCGGGCGACACCCUUUCUAUUGUCGUCUCCCCGGUCCGAGCGAAUGCGUUGCUUGCGGCCAACUUCACCGCGUACACGCACAACACGACAAACACGACCAUAAUUCGAACCCUAUCGUACUCCUUACCUGCCUAUUUGUAUGACCACAUAGCCUUCGUAUAUCCUACAACACAGUGCGUCGGACUCCAACUUUCAUCAUGCCGGAAGACUAAUCAAGCGUCCGCAUUCUCUACCUCAUGCACGGGCGUCGUCACCCCAAAGUGUCUACAGGCGCUGUACGGCAUCCCAUCCUUACCAGCCAACGCCUCCGGCAACAACUUGUACGUGAGCAGCCUAGGGGGAACAGGGGCCAAUCCGAAUGAUUUGCAGACGUUCCUUACGAAGUACAGACCAGAUAUACUGCAUGGGUCGUUCGCCGUCCUCCCCAUUACCGAAAGCCAGAACACGGACGCUGGUGACGACGAAGGAAACUGUGACACGCAGUACACCGUGGGGCUCGCAACGAACGUGCCCGUGACAUACGUGGUCGCUGGAGACAAGGAGAACGGCGUCUUGAUGAGCGACCUGCUCGACACGGCUAACUUCCUCCUAUCGCUAGAGAAGCCGCCGCUGGUGCUGACGACGAGCUACGUAUUCGACGAGCCGGCGGCUGAUGAUCAAGAUCUCCAGCAAAUGGCUCGAGCAAUCUGCAACGCCUAUGCCCAACUGGGCGCUCGAGGGACUUCGGUUAUCUUCGCUGCAGGCGACGGUGGGGCUGCUGGAGGUAUGUCGGCAAGCGACGGCUGCGGCCAAAAGGUAUUCAUUCCCACUUUCCCGUCUACGUGUCCCUAUGUCACCUCUGUUGGCUCUACGGACGACAUCAGUCCAGAGGUCGCCGCAUCAUUCUCAUCUGGAGGCUUCUCCAACCUCUUCCCCCGACCUUCCUACCAGGAUAGCGCCGCUAAUGCCUUCCUAGACAAACAAAGGAAUGCGAACGCUGGCCUGUAUAACUCCAGUGGGCGCGCGUAUCCCGACGUGGCGACUCAGGGAGUUAACUUUGCUAUCAACGUCGCGGGGAAAGGGGUCGGCUUUUCUGGGACGAGCGCCUCCAGCCCGACCUUCGCCAGCAUCGUUGCGCUGAUCAACGACCGAUUGCUGGCGUCCGGCAAGAGCCCGCUUGGCUUCCUGAACCCGAUGCUGUACUCGAAGGGCGUCGCGGCGUUCAACGACGUCACGAAAGGCGACAACGGCGACGCACGAUGCGACGCGGGCGGUUUCAACGCGGACACCGGUUGGGACGCGGUGACUGGCUUGGGUACACCCGAUUACGACAAACUGCUGGAUGUGGUGACAGGGCACAGCUUCAACAAGCUCCACAGCGGCGCCGCACGCGUGCCUUCAAUAUCACGAUUAUUGUACACGAUCAUCUGGAUGUUCACUGCCGUGGUGGUAUAUAGACACAUUGCACAUUAA